AGCGCAGCUGUUUUGGCGUUAGAGUGGCAAGAGACAGCUUCCGUAGCACACUUGUCUCGUAACUCCAGCCUGUAUCUGAUUCCAGGCGCAUUCUCGCAGCGUCGCAGCUCUUCACUGACGGCGAGCGCCGUUUCCUGCUGUUUGUGCCCAGUGUUCGGCGCUGUUCCUCGGCUAUCCCCCCCAACCCCCCAGCGGCAGGGAUGGUGUUGUCAACGUCUCAACAAGUCGCCCUGGCGUUCACGGCCGUGCUCUUCACGUUUGUAGUCCUACCGCGGCUGUUCGGUGUCGGUGGGGGGACGGCGGCGAAGGAAACCAAGUCUGACCAUCGGUACAACAGAAAAGGUCCAGGCCUCGGAGCAUCCAGGGGCCAGCCCGUCAACAUGGGUCCCCCCGGCUCCCAUCAGAGCGCCGACAACAUCCAGCAGAUGAAGAAGCGCCUGGAGCAGGAGAUGAAGAGCGACAAGUACAAGUCCAACAACAACAAAGGCUACGUGUUCACCCUGAUGCCGCUCUACGCCAUCGGAGUGGGCGUGUUUGCGGCAUACAAGUUUCUGAAGAUCAAGUCUUCAGAUAACAAAACCCAGAAGGAUAAGUUCGCUAAGGGGGCCAAAAAAUCAGCAGAGGCAGAGAACCAGUUAAAUGAGCUGGAACAAAGGCUGGCGCAGACGGAGAGGAUGCUCAACUCCAUCCUCACCCAGCUGGACCCGCUCACUAACUGCGUGAAAUCUGUGGCCCAGGAGCAGAAGAACGAGAUCAUGUCUCAGCUGCAGACCAUCCGCUACCUGAUGAAGAAGAGGGGAAUGGACUGUCCGCCACUGAGCGCCAACGACGUUUCCCGCGGCCGGAACCUGGACGAGCUGAUCGAGUCGAUCGGAGCCAGCCAGACCCCCACGACGGCGGACACUCAGCCCUCCCCCGACUCCCUGGAGGCUCCAGAGGAAGCUGCUGACGGCACGGACGAGGUGGCGGCGCAGGGGGAGGAGACGAUGGAGCUCCAGCUGGAAGAGCCUGCUCAAGAAGAAGAGAAGGAGGAGGAAGAAGAAGAAGAAGCAGCAGAGGCGGGUGAUAAAGGGGAAGACGAAGUGGAAGACUCUGAGUGUUCAUCAUCAUGUGAGACAAACAUUGAGCAGGUGUGUUCAGAGCAGCCUGGAACCGGCCUCAGGAGGCGCAACAGGCCUGAAUGAACUCUCCACCAGGAGGCGGCGAUGUGACAGUUUACUAGGAAUAUUUAUUAUCUGAAAGGCUUCCACGGCUCACGCAGUCAUAACGUAAAACGUCCACCUGAAACGGAUCCGUUUGCAUGUUCUGGUCACAAAGCACAGCAAAGAACUGCUGCUGGAGGACUAUGAGCUAAGCUAGGCUAGGCUAGACACAAAAUGCGUUUCUAGAUCUAGAAUGUAAUGAAAAAUAUAAUUUGGUAAAAUUAACCAAAAAACGAUUCAUUUACACGCAAUGGUACAUUUAAAGAGUCUAUUUUUGUUUAUUUUUGGGAUUAUGGCUUUCAGCUUAUAAAAACCUGAAAUGCAGCUAAUUAUCAGAUUAACAUUUUUUCUUACGACCAGCCAGACUGUCAGUUCCUGAAAACACACAAAUAAGAAAAACCUGGUAAAAGCGCACACGGGGUCAGUGCGACCCCCGCCUGACCGCGCACAGGGUGAAGAGCUCGUGGGUUCCUAAUGUUAUCUUAAGACUCCUGGAGGGUUAAAAGGUCACGUGCCUCUUUGUAUUUUUUUUUUCUACAGUUUUUCAUUCCACUCAACCUUCUAAUAAUGCACUUUGUACAGCCUGUAAGAUAUUUGCCGGCAUUUGUUGUUCAAUGCAGAAUUAAGCAGAGUUUCUUUUAGGUAAAGCGGGAUAAACCCUCAAAGAACCUUGAAACAGUUAAUUUCCUUUUGGGAUCAAUGUGGUGGUCCAGCUUAGAUGUUUCCUUGACAGCACAGCAGCACGAUCUUUUUCAAAUAUUGCAUUGAUUUUAUUUACUUCAAGCAGCUGGAAGUAAAUAAAAUAAAUCAUGAACUUUUUAAAGAUAGUCCGACCUGAUAUGUACCUGUACUGUAAUGAGACCAGCAAUGCAGACUACAUUCCACAGACAACCCAGUUCAUCGAAAGAUAUAACACCCGUGUGUCCUUGAGAACCAUUUUCUCCAUGAAACAGAAAAGGGCAGAGAGGGCUUUUAAAGGUUUAUAGAGCAGCAUUUGAUCGUCCGCGUGAAGGCAUGCAAACGGAGCCGCCUGAUCUUCACUUUUUGUUUCCCCCGCCUCUCCUCACCCGUUUUCUCUUCAGAGCUGUCUGAAUGUUGGAGCCAAACUGUUACGCAGAAGCUUAGUGUUUCCUUGCCUCUUUGAACUGCAGACAGACACCCAAGGGGUACAAAAGUACGAGUAAUGCAGCCCUCCCCCAACUUGUUGCUGUCUGCUCGCUGAAAGAAGGAUCCGAAACCUUUCAAUGAAGUACAUCAUUUAAGUACUUUUUUUUCCCUGUUCCCCUGAAGAGACUGACGCUGCUGAACACUGUUUAGAGUGCAAAUGAUUGCAAUCCUAUAAAGAAGUGGACUUUAGCUUGUAGUGCUAUGGACGUCCAGCGUAACUGCAUUGUGUUUCCUUUAGUUUAUAUGUUCAGUGAAACUGCAUGAACCGACAAUCAUUUAACCUGCUACAGACACACAGUGUCGCGCCUUCUUUAACCCCUAUUUACAGCAGUUACCACUCUGCCUUAGCAUCCCUUUGUUAUCCUUAUGAGAAAAGUUACACUAAAAUACAGCGCCAUGUUAGGGCCACUGCAUUGGGGGAAUGACUACAUUCUUGCCAAUAAAUUUCAGAUAUUCUAGAAAAAAACAAGGUAAUUUAUGAGUUUAAAAAGUCCAAAGUUAGAACUUUUCUUUGGAAAAAAAUUUGGAUUUUUUUUUAGAUUAAUCCCAAAGCUAGCAACUCAAAUAUUUCAAACUCAAAUAUUCUUCUUGGUAGAAAGUUUGAAGCAGAACAUUUUCAAAAGUCCAAUUUUUGUCUGUUGAAACUCAUUCUCCAAUUUGAGGUUAAUGUCACAGUUUUAGUUUUAUCAUUUUCAGCAAACAUUUCACUUUACGAGCUCAGAGUUCCUCUUUUCUAGAAAAUGAGAUCAAAUUCAACAUGGGUUGUUUUCAAGCAUAUUUAUAUCCUUUCAAACUCAGUUUUCCUUUUUUUUAUAUAGAAAAUUUGAAACUCUGAUAAUUUUCUAGUUUUGUUUGUUUGUUUUUUCCUUAGAAAAUUUCUAAGAUUAAUCUCAAAAUGUCCAAAUAUUUUUGGCAGACAUUACGUUUUAUUUCUAUCUGCAGUGGCCUUAAUAUGCUAUUGUACUAAUAUGCUACACUAAAUAACAUUCAUUUGUUUAUUUAUUUAUUUAUUGUUUUUAAAGUGAACAUGAGUGACUACACUUAUUGAUUUCAGCUGCCUGGAUUAGCCUUGUUGCUGAAUCUGAUGUCAAAAUCUGGUGGAUUGUGUUGAAUUGGACACGGAUUAACGAGUUGAACUUUUUUGUUGUUGUUCAUUAUAAUUGAAUAGUAAAACCAAAGCGUUUUAUUCCUGAGCUGCCCACCCCUGGGCCGGGUGGCGUAUUCACCCGGCUGAUCUUUCACAGCUCACAAAGAAGAAGUUUGCCUUAUUUUGUCACCGUUUUCGUCCCUCAUUUCCCAUGUGUGCAUUGUUAAAGCCUGUGACGAUUGUUCUGUGUUGGGGCCGAGCGGACAAACUCGGCUUGCCCUGGUAGAAAAUAAAAUUGCUAAACAAAACCGGAUGUCCAUCAUAUUAAGAAGCUGAGAACUGCUGAAAUAUGUCGAGGAUGCUGUGUAAAAAAAUGAAAAUAAACAGCUUGUCGAGUUUG